UUUUUUUCGUCUCUCUCCUCCCUGCUCUCGCCAAACGCCCAACCUCCUCUUCCCUCUCGCACUUCACACGCCCUGACGUCUCCAGUCUCCCGCUUUUUGCUUCCCUCGUUCCUCCCUUCUCCGACCUUUCUCAGUCUGCUCAUCUCGCGCUCCUCCUUCUUCCCCUUUCUCGCAUUUAUAGUUCUCUAGGGUUUUCCCGCCCAGCCCUAAAAGGGCGGGAGUGACAGGAGAAAGGGGCAGACAUUAAAAGGGGGAAGUGGGUUUCCUGUUCCGCCUCCUCCUGCUCGCUCUAAUGAGGGGGAAAACGGCGGCCUGAACGGAAAUCUUGGGUGAUCGCCGGACGGCGCGUAAUGGGUAGCACCGGCGAGCCUGACCGGAAAAGGCGCCAUUUCAGCGCCAUCUCGCCCAACUCCACAAAGAAGCAUCCGCUCCUUCCGUUCUCCGAGGAUAAAAAGAUUGAUGCUGCUGUCCUAGAAUUUAAAAAUCAAAAGCUUCUCCAGCAGCUAGAAGCUCAAAAAGUUGAGUUUGCUGUGCUUGAUGAUAAAUUCAGUCAGCUAAAGGCAAAACAGCAGGAUCAUGAUAGUAUAUUGCUUGUUGUCAAUACAUCUUGGGAACAGCUGGUGGAUGAGUUGGAGUCUAUGUCAAUUCAUACAAGUGGAACAUCAAAUGGCACCAAUGGGUUGAGUUCCUCCCAAAGUUCAGAUGGAGCUUCAUGUAGACCAGAGGAUUCUUUCUUGUGCAGACUCCUGGAAACUGGCGCUACUGAUACUAGCUCUCCCACUAUGUCCUCUAACCAGAUGGAAGAUUAUUUGGGAGAUGGACGUGCAUCGACCAAGACUAUUCUAAAAAAUAUAGUUAUGGCAAUUCAUUACUUGGAAACAAAUGAUAAUUUAUUUGCUACUCUUGAUGGAUUUCUCCCAAAUGAUGAGUCAAGCAAACAGUUUGAGAAAACAGUGAAUGACUUAAGAAUGGAGGUGAGAAGCUUAAAAGUAGCGUUAGGUGAUCUUCAUUUGAAGCACCGGUCAUUGUCAAAUGAAGUGUACUCUAGUAGAGAUACCAAUGCAAAAAAUAAAUUGGAGCUUAAACGUUUGACAGGUGAGCUAGAGAGUACUAUUUCUGAACUUGAGGAGAGCAACCGGAAACUAGCUUUGCUGAAGGCACAAAGGGAUUCUGCACAAGGUGCAGUUUUUCCUGUCUUAAAUAUAGGGGCUAAACAUGCCUCUAUGGAGAAGAUCAAGGAAAAGCCAAGGGAUUUUCAUGACAUGGAAUCUGCUGUUAAGGAGUCCUCUGAUUUAGCAUCAAGUCGACUUGAGAAACUGAGGAGUGCACAUGAGGAAAAGAUAAAUGUCUUAAGACAAUUACAAAAUUUACAGGCAUCAUUGAAGGAUCUGAAACAUAUAACUUCAUCAAAUGCUUUCCGCUUAUUAAGUAAUGAGCUUGAAGAGUCAAAAGCACAGUGUGAACAGUAUCAGGCACUGAUGGAGAAACUACAGGCUGAGAAGGAUAAUUUCGCAUGGGGAGAGAAAGAAAUAGGCUUGAAAGUUGACAUAGCUGAAGUUUCAAAAAGAGCUGCUAUUAUUGCGGAGUCUAGAAUAGAUGAUCUAGAGAAGGAGAUAGAGAGGCAAACUCGGGAGAGAGAUCUGUUGGAAAUUAAAUUAGUGGAAGCAGCAAAGGAACCAGGAAGGAGAGAUAUUAUUGCAGAUUUUAAGGUCAGGGUUUCUUCACUUCACAAAGACAUGGAUAUGAUGCAAACAGAACUAAACAAAUAUAAAGAAGCUGCCCUGGAUAUUCAUUCUUUACGUGCUGAGGUUCAAUCAUUAUCUAACAUUCUCAAAAGAAAGGUUAAUGAGUUGGAGAUCUUAUCUGACAGAUCGGAUGGACAAAUUGCUGAAAUAAAAAAAUUGCAAGCUUUGGUCUCUGAUUUGAGAGAGAGUGAUCAAGAAUUAAAGCUGAUAUUAGAAAUGUAUCGACGUGAAUCCACAGAUCCAAGAGACAUCAUUGAUGCAAGAGACUCAGAGUAUAAAGCAUGGGCACAUGUUCAGUCUCUGAAGUCUGCUCUUGAUGAACACAGCUUAGAAUUGCGCGUUAAAGCUGCCAAUGAAGCUGAAGCAAUUUCGCAGCAGAGGCUAGCCACUGCCGAGGCAGAGAUUGCUGACUUGAGGCAGAGAUUAGAAGCUUCUCAAAGGGAAUUGGUUGAACUCACUGAGGGCCUGAAAUCCAAAAAUGAAGCAAGCGAGCUGUACCUGUCUGAGAUAGAGACAAUUGGUCAGGCAUAUGAGGACAUGCAAACACAAAACCAACAUUUGUUGCAGCAGAUCACUGAAAGAGAUGAUUACAAUAUUAAGUUGGUUAUAGAAGGUGUGAGGGCAAAACAGCUUCGGGAUGCUUUGCUUGUGGAUAAACAAUCAACAGAAAAGGAGGUGCUGCAAGUCCAAUCGAGCUUGGACUUCUACAAGCUUAAAGCUCUACGCAUUGAGGAACAGGCAAAAACCUUCUCAGAGCAGAUCGGGAAGCUUGCGGAGGAUGGUUGGCAGAGCUCAACCAUCUUAGAGAACUGUAGGAGGAGAAUUCUGGAUUCACAGAGAGAAUCCCAUUGGCUGAAGCAAACAUUGGACGAGUCACAGUCCAAAUUACAAAGGCUCAGAACAGAUGUUUCUGAGAUCCGCGUGGGGCUGGAGAGUGAGCAGUUUAAAAAGAAAAGAAUCAUUGAGGAAUUGGAAGUUUUGGAAAGGAAAGAAGCUCGUCUUUGCGCACGUACUGAUAGUGGUUCAUCAGUCUUGGAGAAGCUUCAAGAUGAAAUCGAUGCAUAUGAAGCCAUAUUGAAGUGCAAUAUUUGCAAUGAGAGACGCAAAGAGGUUGUCAUAGCAAAAUGCUACCACCUCUUCUGCCAUCCAUGCAUUCAAAGAACCCUUGAGAAUCGCCAGCGGAAGUGCUCUAUAUGUGGUGCCAGCUUUGGGCCAAAUGAUGUCCUAAAGGUCUACUUCUGAUAGAUAAACGGUCUGAGUAUGCACAGAGACAAACAGUGGGGCUGCAAAAGAAUACAGUUUCUCCCGGGCUGCAGGAGAACUUCUUGUACGGUUGCUUGACUUUCCCCCCUUUUGUAAAAUAUUUGACGCGUGGUUGCGCCUUUUGGUGCCUGGAGGUUCCUCCAGCUGGUAUGAUUCACCUCCUCUGCCUCAGAAUUAGUAAAGGCUCAGAUUCGGAAAUGUAAAUUCUUUUCUUUUCUUUUCCCUCGUCCAUGUGAGAUGCCUGGCCUCUGACCCUUGUAGAGAUUUAUUGCUUACCCGUCACAGCUUUGAGCACCGUCUGUUGCCAGCGAGUGAUGUGAUGAAUCAUUUGUAGAUUCAAGUGAGAACUGGCAGCUCUGAUGCACAAUUUAUAUAAAAGUUUCACAGAGCCAUGUGGCUGAGUUCAGUAGUGAAUAAAAAGUUUCAGCAGAGUUGUUUGGUAUA